CAGAAGGCGCGGAGCGCCGCCACUCCUGAUGGCCUAGUUGAGAAAGUGCCAGUCGAACCGCGAGCGUCGCGACGUCUGGUACUUACGGACAGAGCGAUGGUGCGGCGUAUUUCUCUUUCCGUCGCGCGGACAGGGAAAACCCAUGGGAAUAUUCUUGAGCCACGGCACUGAUGUUCAUGGGAACACAUCAUAAGAACAGCAUCGAGCCAUCACCAGUUCCUAGACUUCACCAGCAUAUUCAUAAGCUUCUGAUAGCAUCUGAUUUCACUUUUGAUCAUCAUAGUAGUAUACAGCUAGUGAGAACGACAAUGUAUGAACCUGUUUCGGAUCGAUGUAUUACGACUACCAUCAUCAAGCCUAGCAAACUUCCAUCAGACGAAUAUCCCGUAAGCGGAUAUGGUGAUAGAAGAGAUUUACCGCCCCCAGAGAAACCCCCUCGUAGAAACAGCAGAGCCUUGAGACGGACCAGUCAACAGGAAUCGAAUGAAG